CGGAGUGAACGCUGUGGUAGGCGGGACUCGACGCUGUGAACACAGCAACGCGGUCUGUCGCUUACCUGCCUUAACUUCAGUCAAAGAAAGAAAGAUUAACUUGAUUAAGUCAGUCUCUAUGUGGGGAGAAGAGGUUAACCGGCAUUUUGUCGACAACCCACAGAACACAGGAUGCGCUGUUAUCGGCGAGCAUUGUUCCUGUGCUCGGCGUUCACCUUUUUUUCAUCGCUCUACGUGUUCAAUCAUCUCGCAUCUACCCUGGAGGACACCGACGAGCGGGGCCUUGGCGAGCCGAGGACACCCGCCGGAGGGAGUCCUGACACGGGGAACGUUCUCAGGAAAAAUCCAGGACUGACAGGCCGUCGAGUUCCCCAGCUGGUCAGGUGUAAAUCAUUGUCAGUCUCUUACUGGAAUCCGUUUGGGAGGUUGCCUGCUGAUGUUUGUGGACUGAACUGCUUUUUGGAAUCAUCAUUUAGGGACGGGAUGGACUCUGAAGCAGAAGACGGCGAUAAUGAAAGCAGUCACAUAGCCGUAGUGGCUUGUGGCCCGAGGCUGGACGAGACGCUCGCCAUGCUCAAGUCUGCCAUCAUAUUCAGCAAAAAGCCUCUCAAAUUUCACAUCUUUGCCGAUGAUGAGCUACAGGACAGCUUUCGAAAUGCGCUGUACUCCUGGCCGAGAUCAGCUCAGGCGAAGUUUAACUUUACCAUCUACCCCAUCACUUUCCCCAGCGGGAAUGAGAAAGAGUGGAAGAAGCUCUUCAAACCAUGUGCCUCUCAAAGACUCUUUUUACCUCUAAUCCUGAAGGAGGUGGACUCUUUGCUCUACGUGGACACAGAUAUCCUUUUUCUACAGCCCGUGGAGGACAUCUGGGCCUUCUUCACACAGUUCAACAAGAGCCAGCUGGCUGCCAUGGCCCCGGAGCACGAGGAGCCACGUAUCGGCUGGUACAACCGUUUCGCCCGCCAUCCUUACUAUGGCAACACUGGCGUCAACUCAGGAGUCAUGCUCAUGAACAUGACACGCCUCAGGGAAACUUUUUUUAAGAAUGACAUGACAACAGUUGCGCUUCACUGGAGUGAAAUGCUGAUGCCCCUCCUUCAAAAGUAUAAACUCAACAUCACCUGGGGGGACCAGGACCUUCUCAAUAUCAUAUUUCAUCACAACCCGGAACGCCUUUACGUGUUCCCCUGCCAGUGGAACUACCGUCCGGACCACUGCGUCUAUGGCCUCAACUGUCAGCAGGCUGAGAAAGAUGGCGUCUUCAUUCUCCACGGUAGCAGGGGAGUUUACCAUAACGAAAAGCAGCCGGCGUUUAGAGCCGUCUACGAGGCCAUUCGGCAGUACCCCUUUGGCGAGAACAUGGAGACUUCACUGCUACAGCCGUUGGACGCAUCUCUCCGGACCACCGCCGAUUCCUACUGUGGACGGGUGAGCCACUUGUUCACCAAGAGGCUCAAACAAAGUAUUGCAUCCGUUCAACAAGAGAUGACAGGGGGAAGAUGAGCCUUGUUUCAUUAGAGUUGGGAUUGUCAAAGGCGGGACGCGUUCGCCUUCUAGCCAAUUUCUGCCGGACACCUGAAGUCCGGUAUGUUUGGAGCGGUCUGAUAUGUACCCGUGCACGGUUAAGCUGACCCUGCGCUGGCACGUUUUGGAAGGGGUGUGCGGUGCACAAGCACAUCAAAUAGUAGACGUGUCAUACAAUUACUCCGAUGCGAUGGCUCCGCUUGCUAGUUAUUCAUGAUAACUUCCUUGUGCGAUAGAAGUAAACAGAAUGAGAAAUAGCCUGUCAGGAAAGUUGCAGGACACUGUUGUGUAUUGGAGUGACAACGGGUUGAACAUACAAACUCCACAUAGAAAGGCUGGAGCUGAGAUUGAAACCCACCCAAGGGAAAAACAGCAUGACAAAGCAAUGCAACCUGAUAUCAAUGCAAAUGAAGGUAAACUUGUCGAAAUAACGCUCUUGUCGAAAAAGCAGACAGAAAAAUACCAAGUAAUGAAGUUAUUAAUACCAACAAACGAAGUAACAUAUUUUCUGCACUACAGGGCGCAGCGCAAAACAUUCAAUUUUCUCAAAAGCUUAAAGUGCGUUUAUAAUCCGAUGCGCCCUAUAUAUGGAUCAAUAUUCGAAUUUCUUGGCUGUAGUAUUUUACAUGUUCUGUAAAGCACUUUGCUACAACUGCAGCGGUUGUCAAAGCGCUAUAUAAAUAAAGCUGUAUUGUAUUGUAUUCCCAUUAGCGUCGCUCCAUCUAGUGGAUGCGUCACGCAACCGCAGCCCCUAUUGUAGCUCCCAUUCUAUGCGCCUUAUAAUGCGCUGCACCCUGUAUAUGAAAACAGUUUUGAAAUAUGCCAUUCGUUGAAGGUGCGCCUUAUAGUGCGGACAAUACGCUAUUUGCAAAAUCCUAAAUGCAUCAAAUACUCCCACCGAAAUGUUUACGCUUCAGAAUGCACCCAAAGAUGCAUUCAUUUUGAUGACAUUUUCAUUUUCACCGUUUACUUCAGCAAUAACGUUCACUGGCAAAUUUUGUCACUCCGCGUUGGCCUUUUUUACAACCGUCAGACUACUUGAAUGAAUGAAGACUUAUGGUCACACUUGAAUGUUAUUUAUGUAAGAUUGUUGUCAAUCGUCUCCGUUCUCAACAUACGUUGCGACUCGUCACCCUUUGUCAAAACCAACCGAAUGACCACAAAAAAGUGAAUUGCGUCGGUUACUGAAAGCAUCGCCUCCACAUAUAAGGACUUUAUGACGGUAAUAACAGUUUGACAGCAAAACGGAUUAUUUGUUGGCAAUUAUUCUGAAUGAAGCACAAAUCUGGGUUACGUCGCUGCUGAAUGAAUGGGAGUCGCGAGUUGUAAGAAGAGCUCCCAGGCUAUGCAACACAAUUGUGUACAGUGAGAGACAGCGGAAUAUAUCAGUAUCAAGAUUUAGUAAAGUCUGUAAUGAAGGACUUAUGGAAAUGAAGACUUAAAAGGCAAGAACAGACACAAGAUGGCGUCGAGCAUUCCAAUGAGGCGUUUCCUUGAAUACUUGCCUCCUUUUGACCUCUUAAGGAGCUUCUGCAUUGUUCUUCAAAGAGAUUUCCUCAAACAACAUUUGGUACGCGCGGCCCAAUAAACCGGAUGACAAACAGGCUCAAGCCUACUGAAUUAUUACCUGUUUACAACUUUUGUACUGCGUAAAUUGGGCUGGUAGUCCCGCGCAACCUGCUUAAUCUUUUAUGUGUUUUCAAGCACUGGUUCAUAUAAAAGACCAGCAUUACUCCCUGUUAAUUCUCUUUUUUUUUCUUUUACACCACAGUCGAAAACCUAGUUUACUUUGCAGAGAUGAUUAAUUUUGCAGCACUUUUGAGCCAAUCGGGUUGUUUUUAAGAAAGAUUUAUAAUCCCAUUCAUGGCACUUUGCACGGUUAGCCUCAGGUUUUCAGAAAGUCAUUAGGGCAUACAUCAAAGCUCCCUUUAAGUGCAAAUAAGGAGCAAACUGUUUUGAAAUUAACUUUUGUAAGCCGCCGUGUUGCAAAGAGAAAACGGCGACGAUACAUCCUCAACAUAGCUUCUCUAUUAUGUCAUCGUGUCUUGAAAUGAGCCUUAGCUGAUCAAUUAAAAAAAAAAAAGUAUGUCUGGCUGGUCCACCAUUAUUUCAGACCACAUGUAGGCGAAUGCAGCUAAAAAAA